UUCCCGUUCCGGGCUCCAAGCCAGUAGACCAAACGUAAUGUCGGAGUGCAUUUAUUGAAUGAUUAUAAAAUUAUAAAAAAUCGAUCAUAAAUUUUUAAAAAAUCACGUAUUAAAAUCGGUUUUUACUUUUAAAAAAUUAAUCGAUUAUUUCCAUAAUCAAUUAUUUUUUCACAUUCCUAUUUGUUUGUUGCAAAGUAGCAAAGGUGUUGCUUUUCAUGAAAGUUCAACCUCCUGGCUCAGAACAGUUUAAUUUAUUCAACUAUAGUAAUAACAUAGUUUCAUAACUAUGUCUUCUGCUAGUGCCACUACAAAGGUUAUUAAAUAUGUCGGAAGAACUACAGAUUUUAAAGGCAAAACAUUGUGGGAAAUCGUUGGUAGCUUGAAGAACUUGGGUGUCGGCAGAAUUAUUGUUCGGUCUGUAUUUGAGCGAUAUCCUGAGCCCAGUUUUAUGAAAAUAGUAAAAGUGGAAACUUGCCCAGACGAGGAACGACGAAGAGUUAGAGUUUGGGUUGAAAAGACUUUCCGAGGACACAAAUUACCAAAUUUGACUGAAAUUUAUCGCACAUCUUACAAACCUGAUUACAAGUUGAUUCCAAAAAAUGAGGAAGCAAAAUUAUUUGCUAAAUUGGACAAAAAACAUUAUUUUCCAGAUGUAGUUCUUCCUAGAACUGUAGAAAUGCCACCAUUAAUGAAAAAGUUUAUUGCUAAAGAUUAUGAAAAGAAAGGGCUAGAGCCUUUGAAAGAGUUUGUGAUGCCACUGCGCUACAACCACAGCCCCAAUAGAGUUCAUAGGAUCGCCAACCCAGGAGAGAAACCCACUGUGGAAAUCACAAUGCGCUUAGGGAAUCCAGCCAGCCCGUCUUUGUAUGAAGGAGUUAAAUUAUAAAAUGAGACAGUAAUUGUUAAAGUUUAUUUAAUUUAAUAGAAUUUAGAAAUAAAUAGAAAUAAUGAA